UUAUCUGUGGCCUGAUGGCCUUAUAAAAUUUGAGGACAUUUUACUCCAAUAUAAAUAGAAGGCAAUAAUUAGUAAAACUGUGUAAAAUUUCACCUGACUAUCUACUUUGGUCACCAUGUACAGCAUAUCGUCUUAUCUUCUCAAAUUGCCAAAGGAUUUGGCUACAUUGCGUCGAAUCACAUUGAUCACCGAGGCAUCCAAACCUUUGCUUGCUUCGAAUUCGCAUAAUUUGGUUCGUAAAUAUCACGGCUACAAGAAAAAUGAUAAUAAAGAAAGCCUGCGUCAAAGGUCGUAUAGAUAUUUAAGUUAUUCCUUGUUGUUUGGUGCAGCUGCAUACACAUCAUAUAAACUCUGGAUACAGUUUCAAGUGUUUCCCUCAAUAACCGCCGCAGAGGAGCUAGUUGAAUCCGACCCCGAAGACGCGGACACCAAAAGGAAAAGGUAUCGGAAGGAAAAAAUUGGAUUCAGAGAUAGAAAGAUUAUUGAAUAUGAGAACCGAAUGAGGUCAUACUCUACACCUGACAAAAUUUUCCGAUACUUCGCCACUGUCAAAUUGACAGUUGGUGACAGCACGGAGGUUUAUAUGACUCCUGAUGACUUUUUACGAGCUAUCACGCCUGGCAUGAAGCAACCUGAUGGGUUGGGACUUGAUCAAUAUCGGAGAUAUGACCCUAAGAGCAUCAGCCAACGCUUGAACUUGGAUCUCGACGAGGAUUCCAUCUUCUACAAGCUGGGCUCGUCGGGUCUCAUCACGUUUAGUGACUACAUAUUUCUGCUCACUGUACUGUCAACAUCCCGCCGCCACUUCGAGAUCGCGUUCCGCAUGUUCGACCUCAACGGGGACGGCGACGUAGAUUGCGAGGAAUUCGAGAAAGUCGCCGCUCUGAUACGACAACAGAGCAGCAUUGGAUCCAGACACAGGGAUCACGCCAACACUGGCAACACUUUCAAGGGUAUCAACUCUGCGCUCACGACAUACUUCUUCGGACCGAAGCUGAACGAGAAGCUGACCAUCGAGAAGUUCCUGGAUUUCCAGCAUCAGCUGCAGAAGGAGAUCUUAUCCCUCGAGUUCCAGAGGAAACAGCCAGAUGAAAAUGGACGUAUCACCGAGGCGGAUUUCGCCGAGUUGCUGCUUGCGUACGCCGGUUACCCCGCUAAGAAGAAGGCCAGAAUGCUCAAACGCGUUAAAAAAGCUUUCCGCGACCACGGCGUGGGCAUCACAAAAGAAGACUACUUGUCGUUUUUUCACCUCCUCAACAACAUAAACGACGUCGACACAGCGCUGACGUUCUACCAUAUCGCGGGCGCGUCCAUAGACCAGCCCACCCUUAGACACGUCGCGCGGACUGUCGCCCAUGUGGACUUAGAUGCACACGUUGUAAACGUGGUCUUCACCAUUUUUGAUGAAAACAUGGACGGACAACUUUCGAACCGCGAGUUCGUGGCGGUGAUGAAGAACCGCCUCCUCCGAGGCUUAGAGAAGCCCAAGGACACCGGGUUCGUCAAACUGAUGCACUCUCUCAUCAAGUGCGCUAGGGACACUAAACCCGCCAUAUUGGAUUUUUAAGGUUGUUGUUUCGACUUUUUCUAGACUUGGACGAACCUCGACGUCCAACUACCACCAU